UAAUGGAAAAACGUAACUUGUUGAUACAAACUCAUUUGAAUUGGUUUUUUCCUCGUUUACCUAAGCUAGAUAUUAAGAAUACCUUAGUGGCACAACCAUUAUCACACAUCUCGUUGGACGGAGUGACAACAACCAAAUUACUUCUCCAUAUUUGAGAAGCUUUAGGAUUCCAUUCAAUUAUAUUUUACUUAAGUUCCUCAGUGAGGAUAACCCUGAAAUUCUCGUUCAAUAAUGGGAUAAAUUUUGGCCAAUUUGAAUUUGGAGUAAAUGAAGGUAGCGGGCCAGGUCCAAGAUCCAACAAACAACGUUCCCAGCCCAAAUCCAAGGAUCAUCGUCGCCGUCGUCAUUUGACAAGAAGCUGGAUGAAGAGUUCAUAAAGAAACAAAGAACGGAGCAGCUGCAGAAAUCGAGAGGGACAAUCAAUUUCAGAAAAAGGGUGUUUAGAUUUGGAUUUGGGUAGUGAUUUUGAUCAUUUUAAUCGUCUCAUUUCAUUUCCUUUCCCGAUCCCCUACUCCACUGGAUCCCCACGAACGGAUGCCACGGAACCUACUUUAAAACCUUCAUGUCGCAGCCCGUUUCAAUUCCAACCGCCCCAUCCGAUUUGGACGAUCACACCCUUCUCGCCUCCAACCGUGGUGUUGAGGAAGUUGACCCAUUGAUCUCACGUGUGGAUGGAGAGUUGUCUAGAGUCAGGUUGAAUGAUGUCAAAUGCUUUGGGGUAGAUUUAACUCCUGAUAAUGUUGCUGUUGCUAUGGUCUAUUUUGUUCAAGGAGUUUUAGGCCUUGCAAAGCUUGCUGUCGGUUUUUAUUUGAAAGAUGAUUUGCAUUUAGAUCCUGCUGAGACAGCUGUAAUUUCUGGUUUUGCUGCAUUGCCAUGGCUGAUCAAACCUCUCUAUGGGUUUAUUAGUGACUCCGUUCCUCUUUUUGGCUACCGAAGAAGGUCGUACUUGAUUUUAUCAGGGCUUCUUGGUGCAUUCUCAUGGAGCUUUAUGGCCACCCUUGUUAAUAGCAAGUAUGGUGCUGCUAUGUAUAUACUUCUCGGGUCUCUUUCUGUGGCGUUUUCUGAUGUUGUGGUAGACUCAAUGGUUGUAGAGAGGGCUCGUGGUGAAUCACUAAGCAUGUCUGGUUCUCUCCAGUCACUAUGUUGGGGAUCUUCAGCUUUUGGUGGAAUUGUUAGUUCAUACUUUAGUGGUUCCCUGGUGGAUUCUCAUGGUGUGAGGUUUGUAUUUGGAGUAACAGCCUUAUUACCUUUGUUGAUAUCAGCAGUUGCUGUUCUAGUUGAAGAAAAACGUGUUUGUGUUCCAUUAAAUGAGCCCAGUCUUCCCUCAGCCGGAUUGGGUUUUCUUGAAACCUCAAAACAGCACAUACUUAGCUUAUGGACUGCUGUUAGACAGCCAAAUGUUUAUCUUCCCACACUGUUCAUUUUUCUGUGGCAGGCAACACCACAGUCAGACUCAGCAAUGUUUUUCUUUACCACAAAUAAACUGGGAUUCACCCCCGAGUUUCUUGGACGAGUUAAGCUGGUUACUUCAAUUGCAUCUUUGGUUGGUGUAGCACUUUACAAUGGGUUUCUUAAAAAGGUUGCAUUGAGGAAAAUUUUUCUAAUCAUGUCAAUUAUUGGUUCAGCUCUUGGGAUGACGCAGGUUUUUCUUAUUACUGGAUUAAAUCGAGAGUUUGGCAUAAGCGAUGAGUGGUUUUCUAUUGGGGACUCUUUAAUCAUCACAGUUCUUGGCCAGGCUUCUUUCAUGCCUGUUCUCGUGCUAGCAGCAAGAAUAUGUCCAGAGGGAAUGGAAGCCACGCUUUUUGCAACUCUCAUGUCUAUAUUUAAUGGAGGAAGCCUUGUUGGAGGUCUGGUAGGUGCUGCUUUGACUCAUCUCUUCGGUAUAACUAAAGAUAGAUUUGACAAUUUAACCACUCUAGUAAUCCUGUGCAAUCUGAGCUCCUUAUUACCUUUGCCCCUCCUUGGCCUUCUUCCUGAGGAAAGUUCUGAUCUUAGCUCAAAAGAGAGCUCAGAUGUAGAAAUGAAAACAAUUUAAGUCUCAACCUUGCUUCUUCUUCCCCACUAAAACAAGACAACUCAUUCAUAGAUUGCCAAACAUUGUUGCCGACCAGAGUGAAGUUGACUCCUGUAAAUUGACACUGUGACACUGCUUAAAGCCAUAUCUGGCGCAUGUAGCUUUCCCGUUUGGAUUUUUACAUGGCUUUGUGCAUCAGCAAAGGACCCCAAAAAACAUCUCAUGUGGUUGGCAGAUUCUGCUGUCCACAUGGUAGGGCCUGCUGUUUGCCACAUACUCUGAUUCCUAUCUCAAACUUCAAGAACCAGAAAUCUUUCUUUUGAGUCGUCAAAUUGGUAAUGUGCCAAGUUGCCAGGCAGCCACCAUUCAAUGGUACUUCUGGAUUUUAUUGCAUGUUCACUUUCUGUUCUGCUUGAGAUGUUUUUCUUGAAGUGCUCUGUAAACAGCCUUUUUCUGUCUUUUUAGAACAAAAAUUCAGAAAACAGAUAUAUUACAUGUUUGAUUAGUUUGAUUUGUAUUUAUAUACAAUAGAUACUGCCAGCCUUGCAUAUAAAUAGCAGGCACAUAAAGCGAGGUGCUACGUACUCUUCUAUACACUUUGACAUGUGAUUGGAAA